CUCAGUGCUCGGGACUCGGUAUAUAAACCCAGCUGCCAAAAUCCUUGCACAAUUUACUCACGGAGACCACAUUGAGGGCGCGCUGUGAGGAGUUGCGUAGAGAAUUCACGUUGCCGUAAUCUUUUUUAUACUUAAAAACAGACCAAUACAGAAGUAAAAUGCGCGAGUGUAUCUCUGUUCACGUCGGUCAGGCAGGUGUCCAGAUGGGCAAUGCAUGCUGGGAAUUGUAUUGCCUGGAACAUGGGAUUCAGCCUGAUGGACAGAUGCCCAGUGACAAGAGUGUUAGAGGAGGAGACGACUCCUUCACCACCUUUUUCAGUGAGACUGGUGCUGGGAAAUAUGUUCCUCGUGCCAUCUUUGUUGACCUGGAGCCCACCGUCAUCGAUGAGGUCCGCACAGGAAGCUACCGCCAGCUGUUCCACCCAGAGCAGCUCAUCUCUGGUAAGGAGGAUGCUGCCAACAAUUACGCCCGCGGGCACUACACCAUCGGCAAGGAGAUCAUUGAUUCAGUUCUGGACCGGAUCCGCAAACUGGCUGACCAGUGCACCGGGCUCCAAGGUUUCCUGGUCUUCCACAGUUUCGGUGGUGGCACUGGCUCGGGGUUCACCUCCCUGCUGAUGGAGCGUCUCUCUGUUGACUUCGGGAAGAAGUCCAAGCUGGAGUUUGCCAUAUACCCAGCUCCCCAGGUGUCCACAGCUGUGGUGGAGCCCUACAACUCCAUUCUGACCACCCACACCACCCUGGAGCACUCCGACUGUGCCUUCAUGGUGGACAAUGAGGCCAUUUACGACAUCUGCCGCAGAAACCUGGACAUCGAGCGUCCAUCCUACACCAACCUUAAUAGGCUUAUUAGCCAGAUUGUGUCCUCUAUCACAGCCUCCCUGCGCUUCGAUGGAGCCCUGAAUGUGGACCUGACAGAGUUCCAGACCAACUUGGUGCCCUAUCCCCGUAUCCACUUCCCACUGGCCACCUACGCCCCAGUGAUCUCUGCUGAGAAGGCCUACCAUGAGCAGCUGUCUGUGGCUGAAAUCACCAAUGCCUGCUUUGAGCCAGCCAAUCAGAUGGUUAAAUGUGACCCUCGCCAUGGCAAGUACAUGGCCUGCUGCCUGCUGUACCGUGGUGACGUGGUGCCCAAAGAUGUCAAUGUAGCCAUUGCUGCCAUCAAGACCAAGCGCACCAUUCAGUUUGUGGACUGGUGCCCCACAGGCUUCAAGGUUGGCAUCAACUACCAGCCCCCCACUGUGGUGCCCGGGGGAGACCUGGCCAAGGUGCAGAGGGCCGUGUGCAUGCUGAGCAACACCACCGCCAUCGCUGAGGCCUGGGCCCGUCUGGACCACAAGUUUGACCUGAUGUACGCCAAGCGUGCCUUCGUUCACUGGUACGUGGGAGAGGGCAUGGAGGAGGGAGAGUUCUCCGAAGCUCGAGAAGACAUGGCCGCCCUGGAGAAGGACUACGAAGAGGUGGGGAUCGACUCCUUCGAGGAAGAUGAAGAGGGAGAAGAGUAUUAGGCGGAGGGUUGUGGGUGGAGCCAAAGUGGAAGAAGACUUGCUAGAUCCUGUGAAAGCCAAAGUAAACCUCAGUGGAUAAAGGUGGUGAAAAGGACAGUUAAGGGCCAUGUUCUACUACCCUUUUAUAGCCCAUUUUGUCCUUCAUCUCCUCAUUUCCAGAGCCUUCAUACAAGACGUCUCACUUCCGUGUCUACCUUAAAUAGCGCGGGUACAGUGUGGAAAAUCAAGUGGUUUAUCUGGAUGUGCCCAUACUCUGUGCUCAUGGUUAUCCAAUGGGUAGACAGUGUCUCUCCCAGAUACGAGUCUCAUAGGCAAAAUGAUUAUGAAUCCCAUCUUAAAAAGCACCAUGUUCAAUAAAAGGUAUUCCAAACACA